CGAUGGCAUUAUUAGCCGUAUCAUAUUAAGAGACAAGGCGUGCAUAUAUUUUUAUUCAUAGAGCAGGGAGGGGGAAAGCGCGUCUCGUCACGUCAGAGCACUCGGGGAGGGCAGAGCUGCUUAAAAUGCUGUGAAUGUGACUACCAGGAGUCCAGUCUACCACUAUAAGCAAGGUGAUGGGAUAAGCGAUUUGAUUCAAGCGAGAAAAUGUAACACGGCAAAUGAAAUGAACACAGCACUCAGUUCGACUGUUUAAUAAAGAAGCUGCCAACCCCAUCUGUCAACAACGAAGAGACAAACAAAGGCAAAGAUCGUUAUAUUCUACAAGUGACACAGUAAAAUCUCGUGCAUCGCAGUUAAGGAGAGCGAGAAAGAGAGAGAGAGAAGGGCAAAGAAGAAGCGUGGCUGGAGAGCGAGGCGUGGGCUAGUGCUAAAAAGCAACGUUUCCCCGUGGGAAAAGAUGACAGUUGUGCCCGAUGAAAAUGUAGAUGAAGCGGUGGCACUGACCGCCCUGCCCCAAGACGUCUAUGAUCCGGAGGCGGUGGACCAGGAUUGCUGCGAACGUGUCAUUAUCAACAUUUCGGGGCUGCGCUUUGAAACCCAGCUCAAGACGCUCGCCCAGUUUCCUAACACUUUACUAGGAGAUCCCCGCAAGAGAAUACGUUUCUUUGAUCCCUUGCGCAACGAAUAUUUCUUUGACAGAAAUCGCCCCAGCUUCGAUGCCAUUCUCUAUUAUUAUCAGUCAGGAGGGCGGCUCAGAAGACCGGUCAAUGUACCUGUCGACAUUUUCAUGGAAGAGAUAAAAUUCUACCAGCUAGGGAACGAGGUAAUUGAAAAUUUUAAGGACGACGAAGGAUUCAUUAAAGAGGAAGAGCGCCCACUGCCAGAAAAUGUAUUUCAGCGUCAGGUUUGGUUGCUGUUCGAGUACCCGGAGAGCUCUGGACCAGCGAGGGGCAUUGCAAUAGUUUCUGUGCUCGUUAUUUUGAUAUCGAUUGUCAUCUUCUGUAUGGAGACGCUCCCAGAAUUUCGAGAAGAAACCAGAUUCUCAAAUGAGCAUCAUGCCAACAACAGCACUGUCCGUGCCAGUUCAAACCCUUUUACUGACCCAUUCUUUUUUGUUGAGACCCUUUGCAUUAUAUGGUUUUCGUUUGAGCUACUGGUAAGGUUUUUUGCCUGUCCCAGUAAACCUGCCUUCUUCAAAAAUGUUAUGAACAUCAUCGAUAUUGUGGCUAUCAUCCCCUAUUUUAUCACCCUGGGCACGGAACUGGCAGAGCAUCAGGGGAACGGCCAACAGGCGAUGUCCUUGGCGAUCUUGAGAGUUAUCCGCCUGGUGCGCGUCUUUCGUAUAUUCAAGCUCUCCAGACAUUCGAAGGGCUUGCAGAUUCUGGGGAAAACUCUUCAAGCCAGCAUGCGCGAGUUGGGACUGUUGAUUUUUUUCCUUUUUAUCGGGGUUAUCUUGUUUUCAAGCGCGGUGUAUUUUGCGGAGACUGACGAUCGGGAUUCCCUGUUUACCAGCAUCCCCGACGCGUUCUGGUGGGCAGUGGUGUCCAUGACUACAGUUGGUUACGGGGAUAUGUAUCCUGUAACAAUCGGUGGUAAAAUAGUUGGCUCACUGUGUGCCAUCGCCGGUGUCUUAACCAUUGCACUGCCAGUCCCUGUGAUCGUCUCCAAUUUUAAUUACUUUUACCACCGGGAAACAGAACAUGAGGAGCAGUUACAGUACAAACACGUUACCUGCGGGCAACAUCCGUCUGUGGGAGAGAUGAGAAAGAGCGACAGCCAGCCAUCCCUGCACAAAGUAGACUGCUUGGAAGAAGAGGACAUGGAGACAAUCAAAUACACCAACUGCACCCCUAGAAAAGCUUACACUGGCAAGCUCACGGACGUAUGAUAGACACAUGAUCUUAGUCAAGCGCCGCUGGCAAUGAAGUCUCCCGUGUACUCUAAAUUCUGCGCAGCCUCAUUUCAGAGCACCGAGAAUGCACAAACGCUACGUAUAUUCUUACAUAUACACUAUUUU